AUGUUGGCCUCCUCGACCACGGCUGCUGCGAUGCUUGCGGCAUCCCAGCUCUUUUCCGGAGUUCGUGCUGAUGGCCCUACCUGCCCUCCUGGCGGCGAGGUGAGCUGUCAUAACUCCGGCCCCGUCCAAGAUACCUGUUGCUUCAACACUCCUGGCGGCCUUAUUCUUCAAACUCAGUUCUGGGAUGCAGACCCAGCUACUGGCCCCGAGGAUUCAUGGACCAUCCACGGUCUCUGGCCCGAUAACUGUGAUGGUACCUACGAGCAAUUCUGUGACAUGAGCCGUCAAUAUAGCAAUAUUACCCAGAUUCUCCAGGCUCAGGGCAAAGAUGACACCCUUAAUUACAUGAUGAAGUACUUCAAGGACUACAAGGGUGAUGAUGAAUCUUUCUGGGAACACGACAACGACAAGACCUACGCCCUCCGUGACUUACAGGCCGCUGUUAAGUCUUCUUUUGGCAUGGAGAUCACUUUUAACUGCAAGAAUGGUGCUCUCAACGAAGCCUGGUACUUCUAUAAUGUCCGUGGAUCUGCCCAGACUGGAGAAUAUAUUCCUACUCUCCCAGGCGGAACCCCAUCAACCUGCCCUGAGACCGGCAUUCGAUAUCUCCCUAAGAACGGUGGGGGCACUCAUCCACCAACCACCACCACCCCUGGCAGCCCAGCCCCCACUGGUACCUUCUCCGGAAAGGGCUAUCUUACCGUGACUGUCAUGGGCGAGGAGGAUGGAUGCCUCAUUAGCAGUGGAAACUGGUACACCACCGGAACCUGUGCUACUUAUCGCGCUGCUGCUUCCGGCUCCGGAUUCACCUUGACAUCCAGUAAGGGUGCUUGUGGCAUGGUUAAUGAUCAGUUCAAGUGUGGCUCUGGAGUCACCGCUUCUGUCUUUGGGGCUUCCGAAGGAAAGCUCGCUGCCAGCGGCAAGUCCACCUUCUAUGCUGACAAAAUCCCAAGUGGUUCCACUCAGGUUCCAGUCUACACUGCCCCCCGUGCUAUCCCACUCACCGUUUCAUGGCAGGCCAUUUAG